AUGUUGAAUGGUUUGUUGAUUGUCCUAGGAGCCAAGUACAAGGAUGAUUGUCCAGUAGAGAAGUAUAUCCCCAUUUAUCUCAUUGUUGGGGGGUCAUUUGGUAUCUUUCGAAACUUCUGUUCCCUUUGCAAACGAGGAAAACAGCAUGGUAGCAGUAAUGGAGAGGAAGAGUCAAAACACAACCCGGUGGAAGCAAUUGUUGAUUGUUUCCUUCUUGCGUGGUUCAUUGCUGGYAACGUGUGGAUCUACUCUAAYUACAAACCAAGUUGGAUUCCUGGCGAAAAGAAUUACUGYAACAAGACCCUUUACCUGUUUGCUUUCUGGUURACCAAUACUACAUACAUAAUGAUCGGUGUAACUUGUGUGUGUCUGUGUUGUGCUGGAAUAUGUGCAGCUUUUGCAUCAUAGAUUUGAUGCUUACGCUGUAAUAAAURCAUUGAUUGGCUUACAUGCAAAGGAAUGCACUAGAUUGACUUGCAUGUAAAGGAAUUAACUAGAUUGGAUUGAACCUCAAUGAAUGCAAUUGAUUGGCUUACACCAAAAGAAAUGAACUUGAUUAGCUUAGUCCUAGUUGAAUGUAUUUGAUUGGCUUACACCUGGAUGAAUGCACUUGGUUGGCUUACACGUAAAUGAAUGCAUUUGAUUAGCUUACACCUUAAUGAAUGUACUUAAUUAGCUUACACCUUAAUGGUGCACUUGAUUGGCUUACACCUUAAUGGUGCACUUGAUUGGCUUACACCUUAAUGCAUUUGAUUGGCUUACAACUUAAUGAAUGCACUUGAUUAGCUUACACCUUAAUUAAUGCACUUGAUUAGCUUACACCUUAAUUAAUGCACUUGAUUGGCUUACACCUUAAUUAAUGCACUUGAUUGGCUUACAUCUUAAUGAAUGCAUUUGAUUAGCUUACACCUGAAUGCACUUGAUUGGCUUACACAUAGGUAAAUGCACUUGAUUGGCUUACACCCAAAGGACUGCAUUUUAUUGGCUUAGACCUAAAUAAAUGCACUCCAUUGACUUACACCAAAAUGACUGUAAGUGAUUGUCAUUCCCAUGCAGUUACAUAUCACUAUAUAUGUAGACAAACAAUUCCUUUCAAAAAAAGGAAGAGGUUAUAUACCUUACAUGUUGGAUGAACGAGUGAUGUAUUCAUCCAGCAUGACAGCUAAAACGUUGAACGUGCAUAUCAAGAAUAUCUUCAAUUAUUAGGACAUUGCACGACAUUUUACUUCAACUGACAGAGUUCGCUACGUAUUUUCAAUCUCAUUCGGACUUUUUGGAACUUCUGCAUUAUGACAGACCUUGUAAGAAAGAUGGUCAAAGCACUCUGUUAGUUGUAUCAAUUAAAACCGUUAAAACAUUAGACUGUUAUAUCAAUUCAAAGCGGAUGUACAAUAAAUAAACUUAAUUGUAAGAGUUAAGAUAUUUUAUCAUAUUAUUAAAGUAUAAAUUAAAUUAA